CUGCAACCAGAUCUCGUUUUCCGGUCAUCUUUGUGCUUUAGAUAAAUAUCCGGCGCGAGCAAUUUUGUGUUGCCCUAUAUCAUCACUUCUGGUAUUCUGGCUUUCAUUUUGAGCAAUCUGGUCCUGUGUAACAGUGUAUCCCAUACCGCUCAGGGAUAUCGGAUAUGCAAUCCGUAAUGUCCUGAUAUGGCUUGGAGAAAAGGACUGACAACACGCAAAGUGCCUUUGGAACCAUGAAGUCUGUUGCAAGCCUUUACCAUCGUCGUAUAGCACCAACAUGCGGAGUUCACCAGAAUUAAUGAAUGCUAUUGCAAUGCCCGUCGCCGUCGAGUACAAGGCAGGUGUCAACAGUGUUUUCGCAGAUUCUACCAAGGCAUACUUGACUACGUUUAAGAGGCUUGACCUUUUGGGUCUAUGUGCAGGAUGUAAGGAUAGCGAACACCCGGUUUUACCAACCUGGGCGACAAAUUCAUUCCCAGUAAGAAACAAGGAACUCGAAGCGAAUUUGCUCUUUGGUGAUCAUGACGCAAGCAUUAUACAUAUUUAUAUCGUCUCCGGAAAGUGGAUCGGCGUUCGUGGAAACGCCACUUCUGCGGCAUACCUGAGUUCUGAGUGCCGGCAUGUAUCCGAUACCAUGAUACUAAUAUAUGUGGGCUUAAGUGAAAUCCGGUUUUGCCAUCGUAUAGGAGGGGCGUUACCAGCGCAUCGUUGUUGCCUUCCCAAAUCCUUCCUGCGCGAAGUGCCACCUUUCGCCGAGUUUCCUACUGGUCUUAUCCGGAUCCUUCGCGGCUACGUGGGGAGUGUGCAGAUCCCGUUCAAGAGCGAAAGUAUCCAUGCCAAAUAUAUUACUGAGAUUAACAAAGUGCGUAUAAUUGCUUUGAUGCUAGACCUGAUAGCAGUACUGGAUCAUGACUCCGGGAAGCCCUGGGCGUGCCUCGCUUCAAAUACGGCUGGUCUGGCCAUUGGAGGCGCAGCAGCUUUUGGAUACGAUAGCACCGAGUACAAGCCUCUUGGAACGUACGUGGAGCUCAUGAGCGUAAUUAGCGAGUAUUCUACCGGGCGAAAAACAAAAUAUUCCGAAGAUCAACGGGUUUUCAACUUGACGUAG